AUUAUAUUAUUUAUUAAUUAAUUAUAAAUAACUGACUUUUUAAAUUACGAAACUGAGUAAAUAAUAAUAAUAUAUCAUGGCCACGGUAACUGAAGACCGAGUAAUGGAUCUAAGAGCGGAAAUUGAAAGACUUUCACGUGAGCUUGACCUUGCGUCGACCGAAAAAAUUCAAUCAGCACAAUAUGGGCUUGCUCUUUUGGAGGAAAAGUCUGCCUUGGAGCAAAAAUGUAACGAGCUUGAAGCACUCUAUGAGAAUACCAAGCAUGAGCUUGAUAUUACACAAGAGGCUCUAGCUAAAUUUCAAAACACAACGAAAUUGACAACCAGAAGUGGUAUUGAGCAGGAAGAAAGCCUUUUAUGUGAGUCAGCGGCACGUGAAACAUCACUACAAUCGUUGAUAAUUGAAUUAGAGAAUGAAACAAAACAAUUAAGACAUGAAUUAGAACGAGUACAGGUAGAACGUGAUCACGCGUUGCAAGAACGUGAAGAUGUGGGUAAAAAUCAUGAGCAAGCUGAAGUUGAACGUAAAAAUUUACGGACUGAAUUACGAGAGUGCCGAUUUCGUGAGACAAGAUUGCUCCAGGAUUAUACAGAGCUUGAGGAUGAAAAUAUAUCCUUGCAAAAGCAAGUAUCAACCCUGAGGUCCAGUCAAGUUGAUUUUGAAAGUGCGAAGCAUGAGAUACGCAGGCUGAGCGAGGAAGUCGAGCUGCUGAACAGUCAAGUUGAAGAGCUGUCUAACUUGAAAAAAAUAGCGGAGAAACAGAUGGAGGAGGCACUAGAAUCACUCCAAGCUGAGCGAGAAGCUAAAUAUUCGCUGAAAAAAGAGUUGGACCAACGUAUGAAUAGCGAGUCUAUUUUUAAUUUAAGUAAUUUCGCCCUCAUACGCGGUAUAACUGAUGAUCAGACGAUAUGCAGUGAUGGAGAAGACGAUUCUCCGGCGCUCAGACGGAUUGAGGCUGAUUUAAAAACUCAAGAACCCGGGACAUCUGCUGCUGGUAAACAAGUUGAUUUGUUUUCGGAAAUUCAUUUGAACGAGCUGAAAAAACUGGAAAAACAACUUGAACUAGCGGAAUCGGAAAAAAGCGUGUUGUCACAGAAUUUAAAAGACAGCCAGCAUGCUGUUGAAAAAAGUCAGGGGGAAUUACAAUCAUUUGUUGCUAGAAUUGUUCAGUUAGCGGCUCGUGUUCAGUCGCUUCAGCAUUUACACUCUAAACUUCCGGAAAAACAAACUGAGGAAACGGCCAUCGAUAAACUCACUCAAGCUGUUAUGCAGUACCAUCAAUGGAGCACAAUGUCUGCACGAGAAGUUGAGCAGUUGCAGAAAGACCUAGCUGAGCUUGAAGACAAUUUAACUGUUUCUGACGCAACCCAGCAAUUGCGAAUGGAAUUAACAAACCUCCGUAACAAGCUACUGGAUACUGAGCAUCGGAAUUCUCAGCUUGAGUCUGACAUUGAAAUUCUUUCAAAGCUGGCUUGUGAGGCUGGAGGGUGUCUAGACACGGCUCAGAAUGAUCUUCAGAAUAUUUCUGACGAGCUGGCUCAGCUUUACCAUCACGUGUGCGCAGUAAAUGGCGAGACACCUUCACGAGUAAUACUCGAUCAUGAGAAAAUAGUUCCUGAGAAAGAAGAGAGUGAGGAUAAUGGAAAGAUUGAAUGGUUUAGAACACUUUCCAAAACAGAUUUGCCUAUCAAAGAUCUCAAGAGUCUUAGCAAAGCUAAAGAAAUCGGUAAACAUAUUGAAACUGCUAUGGAUCAAAUAAAACACCUGAGAAAUGCCGUUGAACACACUAUCGAUAUGUCUAAAUUGAAAGGAAAUCAAACUGAUAAUUCCGGCAAUGAAAAUAAAGCAGACGAAGGAGAUCUGCAGGAGCAGGUAAUAAAAUUAAAGGCGUUGUUAUCAGCUAAACGAGAACAGAUAGCAACUUUAAGAACUGUACUAAAAUCAAAUAAAAAUACCGCUGAAGUUGCGUUGACCAAUUUGAAGAGCAAGUACGAAAGUGAAAAGAGUAUCGUCAGCGAAACUAUUUCCAAGCUAAGGAAUGAACUUAGACGGCUGAAAGAAAAUGCAGCGACAUUCUCAAGUCUGCGAGCAAUGUUUGCUGCGCGAUGUGAGGAAUAUGUAACACAAGUUGAGGAAUUGCAACGUCAACUGACUGCUGCCGAGGAGGAUAGGAAAACGCUCAAUCACUUGCUACGUCUCGCAGUUCAACAAAAGCUAGGACUUACUAUGAAAUUAGAGGAAUUGGAGGUUGACCGCGAAUUGAGAAAUACUCGUAGACAUGGCGGAAGUGGCGGUGCUGGACGUGGCCGUGCUCCUCGCAUGCAACCGACGCACCGUCCUCAUAUGGGUAGAGAUUUUUUCUAGAAAAUGGUUAAGAUAUGGAGCAAAGUUUUCUGAGUGAUGAUUAUUAUUUUUUAUAAAUACUAUCGCGUUUAUAAUUAUUAUUUUAUUUACUUUAUUUACUUUUUAACUUUUUUCGGGUACAUGGAAUUUUAUCGAGAGUAUAUUAGUAAGUAUACUAAUACGCUUUAAUUGUUAUUCUGACAAUACCGGUCAAUUAAAAACAAACGUAUCACAUACUGGGUUAUCGCGGUAUUAUUUCAUAUUGAUCGAAUUCGGAUUGUUUUACAAUUCAAAUGCUUUUAACGUAAAAACUCUUUUUAUUCUCCGGUCAUUUAAUAAAAUUUUUUUUAUUCUGUGGGAAAGUUUAUUCAUGAAAAAAAUGUUUGGUGAAAAUUUUAACUUUAU